GAAGACAGCUCUUUCCUUGUUUCGGAGUCGUUCCCGUAUUUCAUGUCAAGAUUAUGGGCUUUGAUCUAGACCGUUUUGAGGGUUUUGUGGAUCCGGACUUAAUAUGUAAACUGUGUGGGAAAGUUUUAGAAGAUCCUCUCAGCACUCCAUGCGGACAUGUCUUCUGCGCCGCGUGCGCGCUACAGUGGCUCUCCAAAGUCAACAGCUGCCCUGUCCUAUGCCAAAAGAUCACCACCAAAGAGCUGAACCAGGUCCUGCCCCUAAAAAACCUAAUUUCUAAGCUGGACAUCAAGUGCGACCACCAUAAACGAGGCUGCAACCGGGUAAUGAAGCUCCAGCAUCUUUCAGAGCACGCGGAGAUGUGCGACUUCUCUCCGGUCAGGUGCAGGAAUGAAGGAUGCGACGCGGUGCUCAACCUGAAGGAUGUGGAUUCACACAUGCGGGAGAGAUGCGAGCACAGGGCGGUGGAGGUCUGUAAGAACGGAUGUGGACUCGUGCUGACACUCAAGGAGAGGUCGGAGGACCACAGCUGUCUCCAAGCACUUAAGACACGCAGCGGUCUCCUCCAAACCAAAGCGCUGAGUCUGGAGAAAGAGCUGAAGCGUCAGUCCCUGAGCUUCAGUAAGAGAGAGAAGUCUCUCCUCUCCAAACUCUCCGCGCUCCACUGCGAGCUGCACAUCACAGCGCUCACAUUUCAGAAGAAAAUCACCGAGUACAAGAGCAGGAUUGACGCGCUGUCAAACAGCUGGAUGCCUCUCGAUCAGGGAGAAGAUACAAGGAGCCUCAAAGUCACCCUCCACAGAACAUCAGGAUCUCUUGGAUUCAGUAUCAUCGGAGGAAGAUUGUCUGAGGAAGAAGAGGAGCAUGAAGAUUUCAGUGAUGGGAUCUAUAUAUCCAAGAUAGUGGACAACGGAGCAGCUGACAAGGCUGGACUGCAUGUUCAUGACAGGAUCAUUGAGGUAAAUGGAAGGAGCCUUUCCAUAGCUACCCAUGACCAAGCAGUAGAGGCCUUCCAAACUGCAAAAGACCCCAUUGAGGUUGAGGUACUGCGCAGGGCGUCGCACAAGACUCAUGAACCAGCCCGAGGAGUGAACAACAGUACUCAGACCAACAUUACACUGAAAUAUUUGAAACAUAUAGAGACUAUGGCCAAGUUACCGUCACCUCCGGGACCACUGUGUAUGGCUAUGCUGGAUAGUUUCCAUUCAUCCUCUCAAUGUCAAAUGGCAAGAUGUGACUCCCCUUACCCCACAGACUUUGAUGAUGGCGUACAGAAAGACAUUGAGAGUAGAGGACUGGAAUAUGAGGAAGUGGAUCUCCAGAAGAAAACUACUCAGGAUAAGCUUGGCCUGAUGUUAUGUUACAAGACUGACGAUGAGACGACUGCCAUUUAUAUUAGUGAGAUUGAUCCAGAAGGAAUUGCAGCAAAGGAUGGCAGAGUCCAGGAAGGAGACCAGAUUAUCCAGAUCAAUGGAGUGGACAUCCAGAGCCAUGAGGAGGCAGUGACGCUUCUGACCAAGGUGGAGAGUAAGAAUGUGACCCUCCUAGUGGCUCGACCAGAAAGUCAGGAUAUUGGCUGGUUGGAGGAGGAUAGAAACAACUUGGCAGAUGAUUUGCACAUGGGCAUGCUGGAGCAACAGCAUAACAAGAGCACACAUGAAGAAGAUGGAGGCACUACUGAUACGGCAACCUUACCGUCCAACCAUCACGAGAAAGACAGCGGCGUUGGCCGCACUGAUGAAAGCACACGUAAUGAUGAAAGCUCAGAGCAGGACAUCUUGGGAGAUGAUCAGAAUUCCCUUUGUGACACACUCCCAGAAAACCACAAGAAGUAUAGUGAAGGCACUUUUGAAAGUGGGGACAUGCACUUAAGCAAUGACUCCUUCCUUUCAGUUGACAAUGGAGACAGUGGAAACUUUCUUUGUAUACCUGGCACGGCAUGUGAAAGUUUCCAGAAACAGCUUGAACUGAAAUGCCUGGUCAAUGGUAAUGGCCUUCAGGGAUUUCUGGAGCAUGAUGACACACUAUAUGGAAAGACGGUUAGUGUAGACUGUGAUGAUCAGGAGGUUCAGAUGCUUAAUGAGGAGUUACUGAACAUUGAGCUGGAGUGCCUGAGUAUCAUACGAGCACACGGGCUUCAAAUUAAGGGUGAUGAUCAGCAAGCCAAAAGUUGCUGCACCAAGCACUUAACUGAGCAAAUAAAUACUGAAGUCCAUCAGGACCUCAUCAAUAACCAGGUGGACAACGAAGGCUCUACUAGUGCUUACAACACUGGAGAGAGCUGUUGGAGCUUACAUCCUGCUCUGGAGUCAGAUUCUCCUGACUCCCAAAGGAUGGUUCCUGGAGACAAGAGUAAAAGUUCUCCCAUGCAUAGACGCAACUCAACAACAGCAUGCUCCAAACAUCACCUCUCUCCAAUUCAGGAGAUCAGCCCCACCAAGAGUUUACCUGGAGAUCCAGAGGUCACAAAUCAGGGGAAAAGAAAGCAAAGUAAGAAAAGGAACCCAAGGAAGAGUCUUUUGACUUCCUUACAUCAUUCCUCAUACAAGAAUACCUACAUCCCAGCCCAUGCACAACAUUACCAAAGCUACAUGCAACUUAUCCAGCAGAAGUCAUCUGUGGAGUACGUCCAGAGUCAAGUCAGCUUAGCCAGCCUGUGCAAGAACCCAGAAUCCACUCCCCCUAAUGCCAGGCCCAAGAUGGGAUGGAAGGUAAAAAUCCGUAGCGAUGGAACAAGGUACAUCACCAAAAGGCCCAUCAGGGACCAGCUGCUGAAGGAGCGUGCUUUGCGCAUUCGAGAAGAACGCUGCAGCGCAACUACAGAUGACGAUGCAGCAAGUGAACUAAAGCUGGGUCGAUACUGGAACAAGGAAGAGCGCAAACAGCAUGCGGCACAAGCCAAGGAACGGCGGGAACUCAUGAAGCAGUGCCACACAGAGAACAAGGGACAAACAGGAGCAAUUAACAACAAGAAGGAGCCUGAUAUUAUCCAGCUGAGCCGUAAAAAGAUGAUGAAAAGGAGGAACAAGAGGAUAUUUGACAACUGGAUGACCAUUCAGGAGCUGCUGACACAUGGGACAAAGUCCACAGAUGGGACUAGACUAUAUAAUUCCUUUCUUUCUGUGACUACAGUGUAAGGGGAUUUUUUUUGGUUUGGGGCACUUUACUAGUUUACUGUGUAAAAUUGUGUGCGGGUUGGUGUGGGAGAUCUUGCCUCAUUUAAGGAGGUGGGUCAUUUAGGGACUUAUCUAUAGCGAUUUGUGUGACAACAGUUGGAAUACAUAAUGAUGAUAAAACAAAGUACAGAUUUCAUAUCUUAAUACUUGAGGGCACACCAAAAAUCCACGUUUAUAAUAUGAAAUUUUUUAUUGAACGAAUGAUCAUAGGCUUCUAAGAACGAAUGCAAAUCUAUUUUAUGUAAAAUUCUAGCUCUUAUUUGCAGUUACUGCCCAAUACUCUCAUAUCACCCACUUAUUAAAUGUCAGUUUUAGUUUUCACUAACCAAAUAUUGUAGUGCAAAUGAAUUGUGUCUAUGACCUGCUUAUUCCAAAGAGUUUUAUUCACAUAAAAGGUUAGAAAUGCCUCGGAUUAAGCAUAUCGCUGCUUUUAACGUGAACUUUUAUUGCUCUUCAGGAAUACUGUUGAAAGCCCAAGCAUUCAGUUCACAUGGAGAUCAUACAAUUUCACUUUUCACAAAAGCAGUGAACACAUAUCAUAAUCUACAAAAUCUAAUUUAAAAAUUCUACAUAUCAAAAAGGAGCUGUGGAAAUAAGUAUGGGUAGGACAGCCUGUAUACAUGUCUGUAGGAAGCAUGUAAAGUACAGUUUAAGAGACGUGUUUGUUGACAGUGUUGCUCAUUUAAACCUUCAUACAACUGUUUGCCAUUAUUUGAUGAAACAAAAUGAAAAGAUUAUGACAAAUAAGGAUGGCUCAAUAGUGGUUAAGCACAUUAUGUCGGUUGAAAAGACAAGCUCACUAUAUUAAGUUACACAUUGCAACCAACAGCACUCGAAUAUCUAGUGCAUGGAAAAUCACAUUAGUCCAUUUUAGAAUCUAUUUACCAGCAUCAGUGGAUUAAUACAUUUCGGUGCUAUGCUGGGAAGGCAGUUAAAAUCAAAGGAUCUAAAAAUAAAAGAAAAAGAAUUAGCAGAGAAAGGAAAUCUGUCUAAUUCUGCCAUUGAGCACUUCGUGCUACAAGCCAGCAGAUGAAUACAGAAGGCAAUUUGGGAGAAAAGGGGUGUUCUCCUGGAAUGUUUAGACACUGGUCUGCCGGUCAACGGGAAUCCUGAGAUCAUUCGUUGACUAAUCAAAACUAAAGGAAGUGCACAUACACCCCUUACCCCUACAAACAUAUGCACACAUUCACAAAAA